CCCUAUACUCCAUCUAGAGUAGAACUCCUGGACAUAGUGAAGCUUCAAACAUAUACUCUCUUUUUCUCUCCCUCCCUCUGUCUCUCUCUCCCUCCCUCUCUCUCUCUCUCUCUCUCUCUCUCUCUCUCUCUCUCAGGCUGAGAGUAGGUUCAGUGUUUGGGAUCAGGGUGGAGAAGCCAGAGUGUUGGGUCGGAGCAUGUGACGGGACUAUGAGAGUUUAUCUAUACUGGAUUUUGUGUUUUCAUUCUUUCAUGGGAAAGGAAUUGACUAAUCUGAGGAAAUAGAACUGGACCUGGAACUGGUUUUGGAGGGGUACAAAAGUGAGACUCUCAGCUGGUUCUGGCCCAGCAUGUUGGAGCCUUUACGGCGAACUGACCUGUGUUGUUUCUGAGUGAAUGUAAUGUUUGAUCCAUUCACGGUCAGAUGGUAGGACUUUGGCAGCAGAUGGAGGCUUCUACCCAGUGCUGGACUUGUGCUUGACAUUGGGUUCAGCAUCAUGUGGAUUUGGAACAGUUGGGAGAAGUCAGUGGAGGCGAGGCUUUCAGCUGUGCUGGGUUUCUGAAGAACUACUUACCCAUUUUAAACUGGAACAUUUCAAACAGAAACGUAAACCUGCUCGACCAUGAACAAAGAUUCCCGCUUCCCCAGGAAGACCAGCGGCUACUCCACGCGAAGACACUCGUGCAUAGGCUUUGAUGCGGAGAAUGGUCUGUGUUUGGGCCGCAGCUCUAUGGAACCCCAGGGCGCUGGGGUGGUUCUGCAGGCCAGUGUUCCUCAUAACCAGCGGCGGGAAUCCUUCCUCUACCGUUCCGACUCGGACUUCGACCUGUCGCCCAAAGCCACGUCCCGGAACUCCUCCACCGCCAGCGAGCUGGAGGAGAGUCUGAAGCAUUGGGAGGUAAACUGGCUGAGCCGCCACGGAGAAGACAUGAUAGUGACCCCUUUCGCUCAGGUUCUGGCCAGUUUGAGGACGGUGAGGAACAACUUUGCCAUUCUGACCUGCCAGCAGGAUCGUGUGCCCAGCAAGAGAUCCUCCGGAACCCCAACCAUGUGCAAGACCAGUCUGCCAGAGGAGCCAGUGCCAAAGCUGGCGGUGGAGACACUGGAUGAGCUGGACUGGUGUCUGGAGCAGCUGGAGACCCUCAAAACCCGUAACUCCGUCAGUCAGAUGGCCUCAAACAAGUUUAAGAGGAUGCUGAGCCGGGAGCUCACCCAGCUGUCUGAAACCAGCAAGUCAGGAAACCAGGUGUCUGAGUACAUCUCCAGCACCUUCUUAGAAAAGCAGCAUGACCUGGAGCUCAUGUCCCUGCCGUCCAAAGAGAAGGAGAACAAGAAGAGGCCGAUGUCCCAAAUCUGUGGAUUAAAGAAACCCAAAUCCACACCUAACCGCAGCGUGUCUAUCCCACGCUUCGGCGUCAGCACUAACCAGGAGGAACUAUUGGCCAAGGAAUUAGAAGACAUUCAAAGAUGGGGUGUGGACAUUUUCAAGAUAUCCAAGUACUCUGGGAACCGACCAUUAACCGUCACAAUGUACAGCAUUUUUCAGGAAAGAGACCUGCUGAAGAUGUUUAAAAUUCCAGCUGACACCUUCAUCACGUUUAUGAUGGCACUGGAGGAGAACUACCGUUCUGAUGUUGCGUAUCACAACAGCAUCCAUGCAGCGGAUGUAGUCCAGUCCACAAACGUCCUGCUGUCCACUCCAGCACUAGAGGCUGUAUUCACUGAUCUGGAGAUCUUGGCUGCACUCUUUGCCAGCGCCAUCCAUGAUGUGGACCAUCCUGGAGUAUCUAAUCAGUUUCUAAUCAACACAAAUUCAGAGUUGGCUCUGAUGUACAAUGACGCAUCUGUGCUGGAGAAUCAUCACCUGGCUGUUGGCUUCAAACUCCUGCAGGAGGAAAACUGUGAUAUUUUCCAGAACCUGAGCAAGAAACAGAGACAGUCGCUGCGGAAAAUUGUGAUUGACAUGGUCUUGGCCACAGAUAUGUCCAAACACAUGAACCUGCUAGCAGAUCUGAAGACCAUGGUAGAAACCAAGAAGGUGACCAGUCUGGGGGUUCUCCUACUGGAUAAUUACUCAGAUCGCAUUCAGGUCCUCCAGAACAUGGUCCACUGUGCUGACCUCAGUAAUCCCACCAAGCCCCUGGAGCUGUACCGGCAGUGGACAGACCGCAUCAUGGUGGAGUUCUUCACCCAGGGAGACCGGGAGAGGGAGAGGGGGAUGGAGAUCAGCCCCAUGUGUGAUAAACACAACGCCUCCAUCGAGAAAUCACAGGUCGGGUUCAUCGACUACAUCGUUCACCCGCUGUGGGAGACGUGGGCAGACCUGGUCCACCCUGAUGCUCAGGACAUCCUGGACACUCUGGAAGACAACCGGGAGUUCUACCAGAGCCUGAUCCCCCACAGCCCGAGCGCCGUGCUGGAGGAGAAGAGCCUGGGCCGGGGGGCCAGCGGAGGGUCCGGCGUCGGGUCCGGCGGAGCUGCAGGAGAGAAGUUCCAGAUCGUCCUCACGCUGGAGGAGGAGGAGGGCGAGACGGACGCCGAGAGUCCGGAGGAGGAAGUGGAAAGUGGACACGGUUGGGUCAGGAAUGCUCCCGGCUGGAAGGCCGGUCAGCGCUCGGACAGGGAGGACGAGGACGGGGACGAGGACGAGGGCGGAGACGGAGAACUCCACCGGGGAGGGAGGAAUAUUCCACGUCAGCGGUCGGGAACGUAACGCUGGACGCCGUUUCUUAUUGCUGACAUUUUCUGUUGUUUGUCUUCCCACCCGUCUCCUGUCCACCGUCCCACACGUAUGCCAGGUUUACUGCCCCAUCCAGACUCACCAGCUCCUUCUGAUGACCACUGAAGAUCAUGAAGCUCUGUGAAUCAGCCAGGGGGGCUCUGUUACACCGAGACGCUGCAGAAGAGAAGGCCAUGUUGGUGUAAUCUCUUAAUGAGGACAAAGCUUAUAAUCUGAAAUCUGCAGGUUCUACUCGCGGUUUUAUUUAUUGAAUUUAUUUAUUUAUUUAUUUGUUUCGCUUAGAGCAUCUAUUUUCAAUGCCAAAUAUUUCCGUAACAUUUUUUAGAAACCUUUGAAUAGUUUUAAGUUAUUUCAUCCACUGAAAUAGCUUUUAAUAGAUGUAAAAGGUGUUAUUUUGUACAAAAGAUGUAUACUUUGGUAAAUCUAAAAUUUACAUAAAAUUACAUAAUUUUAUGUAGUUUAAAAAAAGUUUGUUUUUAACUUUUUUCUAAAGAUAAGAAAAACGUGAAUGAGACAAAAAAGGGGCUCCACCCAGCUACUUUAAGCCCCUUUAUGCCACACCUCCAAAUUCCUCUUGUUUAUUUGGCAAAAUUGCACCAGUAAUGUAAUGCUACACAAACACCGAACAUCACUGCAUGCUUGCCAUAUAGAAUCAUGACAACUACAGAUGUUUUUACACCUGGUUUGUUUGUGGAGAAAAAAUAAUCCAUCCUUGAUCCAACCCAGCUAUCAUAUAUAUACUCCUCAUGUUUGAGCUAAACAGCUGUUCAGGUGCAGUUUAGCUUGAUUUAUUACCCAGCUAGAGAUUACUACACCUAUUAACCAAUGCCAUAUUUCCUGCUGCUCCACGCUAAACUAACAUAACCUUCUUACUGUAUUUACUUUAUUAACCCCGCCCCAGACAGUUCUGACCAAUAAGAGGAAAAAUGUGUUCACGAUUUUUUAUGACACAUUUUGUUGCACUUGCAGAUGGUUUUACUUGUGUAAAACCAAACCAAAUCAAAGCAUAGGGGAAAACACUCCAAAAAAUCUGACCACAAAACUAACUACAGGUGUGAAAACUCCUCAAAGAGACAUAGCACUUAGAAGACCACACCCCCUUUAUGUUUACCGCAGAUUUCUUGGCCUUUUUCUCAUUACGAGAUGCAUUAACAUCUUAAAACUAAUUAUGAAAAAAGAAAAUAUCGGAUACGCGGCUCCGAGAGGUCCGAGGAUCGCUGGUUCGAAUCCCGGAUAAUGGUGCCUUCUCCAUCAGCAGCCGGAGUCCGAGACAGUACAACUGCUCUGCCAUGCUCUCCCUGGGUGGGUAGAUAGCUCUCUCUCGUCUUUUACCUGAUGUAUAAUAGCUGGGGGUCUGGCACUUUCCUCGAAGUGUGUUUUUUGAUGCUGCCUGGUGAUGCUGCAUUGAUUGGACACUGUUGGAAAAGAGGCGGAGUCUGACUUUGCAUUGCAGGGAUACAGGAGCUGCAAUGCAUGGACCUUCCAAAUUGGGAAGAAACAGGGAUAAAAUUAUAAAUAAAAUCAUAAAAAAAAUCGAAGACAUGUGGACUGAAGGCCUGGGUUCCAGCGUAGCAUUGGCGACGGGCUCCUCUCUUCGUUCUGAAGACCGAGACGUUUUUAAAAUCUAUUAGUUUGUCUUUGUUACACCUGUAACAUCUCGUUAAUGACAUUUUGACAAUGUUUUGACGUCGUUUCGCUCUGCAGAGGCUCGUGCAGCACAGAGAUCAGAACCGUCUGUACAGAAUCGGACUAGCGGACGUUUACCAGGACUCGUUUCUGAGGUACAGGAAGAAUGAAGUGUUUUUACGUGAUAUUAAUAUGCACUAGACAUUUAUUCCAGAAGACGACACACGACUGCUACUGCAACGUUUAACGGUGGUCUUCACUCGUGAGCAAAAGCUGAGAGAACCACCCUGAACGUCCCGUAAACACCUCAGGACACGCACCAGGACUCGGCCUCGGGCCGGUUCUUCUACACUGAACACUGAAUACUUCCUUUGCACUGCUGGGAUUGCACUGCAGGUUGUGGGACUUUUGCUUUUUUUUUUGUGUUUUUGUGUUUGUUUGUUUUUGGCGCCACCUAGUGCACAGCACCCACCAUUACCAGAACCUGAGCUGAUCCACCAGAGUUAGCCUGGGAUUGGACGGACUCUCAGAACCACUGCUGUAUUUUUUGGGUCAUUAUCAAAAUACUGUGGCUUUUGGUCCUUAAAAUGGUCUAAAAAAAAUUACAACUUAAAAUGUUUUUUUCUUUCUUUUUAUCUUUUUAUAUUUAUAAGAUUUCAAACUAUACAAAAAUCAUAUUUUCGAGCUAGAUUAAAAUUAUAUUUCCAUUAUUUAUUUCCUGUCAUGCAUGCGUCCAUCCUGUUACUUCAAAUUGCACAACAGGGUGGACCAUUUUAGCAACAAAUUGAUAUUUGGUGGAAGCUAAAUUUAUAAAAAUAAAUUGUUCAUGAUGACUUUAUUCUGUUUUAAAGAUACAUUUACUUGCUUAAAUUAUUUUAAAUAUUUUACCACAAUAGGGUGGACAGCUGUGGACAAGCUGCAUGACUGGGAUUCAAAUCAGCGAUCUACCGAUCAUAGUAGCAUAAUAGAGCUUUAAUCCAAAAGCUGGCUAUUUUUUUAGAACUUCUUUAUAGCUACAUGAAUUAUUUAAAUGCAUAAACUAUUAAAAUCAUUAUUAAAAACUUUUUAAAAUAACUGCAAACAUGUAGGUGAAAAGCCCACCCCUCACAUCAAAGAAAACUGUAUACACUGCAUAAACUGGAGGUUAUCAAAGUAUAAAUUUGUAUAUAGAGGUACAGAGAGGUCUAUAUUUGUACAUAUAUGCAUUUGUAUAAUGUAUUCAUUCAGACUAAAUCUAGAACAAGUUUUGGUACAUAGUGUUUGCGACACAAAAGACACAUUAUAUUGAUAUCGACCCAUUUUUAGCUCAGCUUUGUAGAUUUCAAUGCGCGCUGUGUUUUUAUUGUUGCUGCUGCAGGUUCUGUUGAUCGUAUUCUUUUCUGGUUCUGGUUCCAGUACCGUAGGUAUGUAGAACUUUCUGUGAAUGUGGUUCUGUUGAGAAAGGGCUGCAGUCGGACUCUAUUUGCACAGAAUCUAAAUAAACUAAAGUCUGACUAAAGUGCUUUUUAGCUUUUAGAACCUCAUCCAGAAUCGUAACGGUUACACUGCAAAAAAUUAAGUCUUAAAGAUGAAUCCUUCUAAAUCUAGUUUAAAAAAUCUGAAAGUUCUCAUUUUUGCAUUGUUUUUUGCAUUGUAUGAAAAUAUUUCUAACCUAUCCUUGUUUUAAGUGUUAAGUGUUUUAGUGUCUUAUUCCACUGAUACGGAUGUUUUUUUCUUUUUAUUUCUUAAAUUUAGGAACCAUUUGAGGCUCAACAUGAAAAUAGAAAAUGAUUUGUAAAAGUUCAUUAUUUCUUUUUUUUUUUUUUCAUUUGAUAAAGUAUAAAAGAAAUUGACUAAAAUGUUUUAGUUUUUAAUUUCUCCCCUUUUAAACUUAAAAAAUUACAAAAUAACAGAUUUUUCUCUCCUCCAAUCUGAUGUUAUAAUCCAGUCUAUUUAAAUCUAUUUAUGUUACAAGAUGCAAAAAUGGAAAUUUGGAGAAUUAAGUAAAAAUUCUUUUUAUUUCUAGAGUUUACUAAAACGUAUAAACUAAAAACUAAAAAAUGUCAAAAAAUCCAUUAAGUCUUUACUAUAGUAAAUGGCUAAAAAUAAAAUAAUGAAGUUUUACACUCAAUUUUCUAUUUUCCAAUUUAACCUCAAACAGAUAAAUGAACUGAUAAACGUUAUACUGACCCACAUUCAGUUUAAAAAAUGACUUAAAACAAGGAAAAAUACAUUACAACUAAUUUUAAAAGUCAAAUACUGUAAUAUUACUUGUGCAAUAAUCUCAAAAUGAGAAAUAUUAGAUGAUCAGACAUUAAGACGAUUUAGCCUUUAAUAAGAUAUCAUUUUUUGCUGUGUACAUGUUGUUGUUCUCCAGCGAUUGGCUUGUGUUUGUACUAAAACUAAAAGCACCUUCCAGAACCAUGUUUUAAUUUUCCUCUCAGUGAUUGAUCACUAUGAUCCCGCCCCCGUCUAACCCUCCCUCCCCCCCUCCCAUUUCCAUCUCACCCCAGGCGAGUUUCCAUUAGAGAGGACAGUACUGUUACAGAGCAGCGGUUCAGUUUAGUCUUUUAGAGAUGCUUUUAUCUAGAACCUUUUAAAACCUGUUCUAUACAGUACCAUCAAGGGCUUUGAUCAUCAUUACUUUUUUUAGUAAGUCGACUUAGUUUAGUUUACUGCAAUAAAACCCACUUUUGCUAUAGUGUACACAUUUAGCCUGCAACCAGGGUUCUAGAUAGCACCAUGAUAACUUGAAGAACCUUAAAUUAAAUAUUUAAAUGGUUCCUUAACUGGUUAAAGGUGCUCAGCAUGGUGUAAAACAUUCUUAUUGAUGGUACUACUUAGAAUCUUUUUAAAAAUGGUUCUAUACAUCACCAACAUUGAAAAGUUAUUUUGAUAUAGAACUGAAUAUAUCUAGAACUUUUUGCAGAUGGUUCUACAUAGUGCCAAAAAUGACUCCACCAACCACUUUUUCCUAAGAAUCUACAUAGCUACUUGCGUUCCUCUCUUACAAAGGGUUCUUUAUGGGUUAUUUAGUAAAUGCAGCUGUUCUAGAUAGAACCACAACACAUCAACUCUCCUUAAAUAGAAUGUUGAAAUAGUUCCUUGUCUGGUUCCACAGUUAUCCUGUUAAAUAAGGGUUGUUUAAUACACAUUAUGGUUCUGAAUAGAACCAUGUCAACUCACAUCAAAUAAUUUUCAGUAAAGAACCUUUUUUGUAAUUUGGUUAUUAAUUAAAUGGUUCUACGCAUUACAUUGGUGGAAACUUGUUGUAGAUGGUUCUGGAUAGCCCCAAUAAAGAAAUUCACUAUAAUCACUAUUAAUCACUCGAAUGCAGGUCUUUGUCUUUAUUUAGUUCUAUUAUUUUCAGAUUCUUCCAAGCAAAGUUCUUUACUGACAGAACCGUAAUUAUUAGAACUUCUUUUAAAUAAAGGUCUUAUUUUAGACAUUUUUAAACACCAAUAUUAGAAUUAUUUUGAUUUGCUUUAUGUGCUGGUACUAGAAUUUAAUUUGAGUUAAAAUUUGAUUUGAUUUUAAGCCACAGCAUAUCUAGAACCUAAUUCAUUCUUCUCCCACUCUUGUGCCUACUCUAAAGACAGUAACUCUAAAACUCUGUAUACACUAAAAUAGAAACUCUGCAGUGACUACAUUGCAACUCUGAUGAAACUCUACUGAAAUUCUACUGAAUGUCUCCUGCAACUCUACUGUAACUCUAAUGAAGCUACUGUAACUGUUGCACUACUGAAAUUCUACAGUAACGCUACCAGAACUAGUGAAACUCUGACACACAUUUGUAACGAUCCUAAACUCUAACCAUAACCCCACAAUAACUCUGCAGUACAAAGAACAAGAAACUCUACUCUAACUCAAAACCUACCUUCUACCUCAUUUCUACUAAAAUAAAUUCAUCUACUGAACCUACUGAAAUUAUUUAAAGCUUCAGUAGAAUUUAAAUAUGAAUUUCAGUAGUUCUACUGAAGCUCUAAAUCAUUAAUUUACUUAAUUUUUACCGUAAUUCUACUGAAUAUCUAGUUAAAUCGACUUAACCCAAUGAAACUCUACUGAAACUUUAACUUUAACUCUACUUUAACUCUACUCAAACUCUACUUGCUAUAACUGUACUGUACCACUGUAUUGUACCUUCACCAUAUUCCUGGUUCAUUUGUUCUGAAAUUCUACUGUAACUCUACUGUUUCUCUACUGUAACUCUACUAUACUCUACAGUUACUCAACUGUUACUCUACUGUUACUCUACCCUAACUCUACUGUUUUUGACUGUAACACUACUGUUUCUGUACUGUAACUCUACUGUUAUUCUACUGUAACACUUCUGUUACUCUACUGUAACUCUACUGAAACUUGACUUUUUACACUACUGUUACUCUACUGUAACUCCACAGUUACUCUACUGUAACGAUACUGUAACUCAACUGUAACACCACUGUUACUCUACUGUAACUCUACUGUUACUCUUCUGUAACACUACUGUUACUCUACUGUAACUCCACUGUUAUUCUACUGUAACGAUACUGCAACUCUACUGAAACUCAACUGUAACACCACUGUUACUCUACUGUAACUCUACUGUAACUCUACUGAUUGUAAGUUGCAAGUGCAAAUGAAUAAGGAGGGCUUCACUAUCCUGAGAAACAGACCUAAUAUUUUUUUACUCACCUGUUUUUGUUUUGUUGUUGUUUAUUUGUUUGUUUGUCUGUGUCACUAUUGGAGAUGGAACCAGUAAGAGACGAGGGAAUCUGUAUGAACUGGUUUUGGAUCUUUUCCAGUUCCUCCUGUACUGAGUUUACCCUGAACACUUUCCAAACUUGUGUACCAAACUGUUUUCCAAUUCUAGAUGCAAAUAAAGCACAAAGCUGUUUUACUGUCUGUGUUUUAAAGAAGAAUAUUAAAAACCCAUAUUUUCAUCCCCUUUCCUUUAUAA